ACUUUAUUGGUUACCAUAGUAACUGACGCUUGUCAAUUGUCCGAUUGCGAAUUGCGAUUGGAAUAAGUUGUUAAACCAAUAAAUAAUAAUUGUAAUACAAUAUAAAUACGAAUAAAUUAAUGUAUAAAUACUCACUGCUUCUAUUUUCUGAAUAAAGAUUAUUGCAUAUUAACUAAAGCGAUAAAAUUUGUAAUUUUAGGUUAUAUUUCGCAUGAAUUAACAAUAAUCACAGGAAAUAAAUAAAACAAAAAAUAUUUAUCCUUAUAUUAUGUGUAAUAUGUGACAAAUUUGCUUCCGAUGGCAGAUGAGGAAGUAGAGGAAGAGGCAGAGGUAAUAGAGGCAGGAGGAGCAGAAAGUGAAACUCCUCUUACUCCUGUAGUGACAGAGAAGCCUCUUGCCCCACCUAAAUAUGAAGUGCGACCUAGUCUCGGAGAAAAAUUUCAGGCCCAAAAUGUGCGAGAAAUUAUUGUAUCGACAAUGCAAGAGCAGCUGAGUGGGCGACAAUACCGCUCCGACCAAGCGCCGCGAUGGGCUAAAGUUAUCGCCAACGCUGUUCGGCAACGCGUUCAAGAGCUGGACAUGAAACGGUACAAAGUAAUAGUCCAAACAACAAUACUGGAACUAAAAGGGGCCGGAGUAAAGUCUGGACAGCGAUGUAUAUGGGAUCCCGAGACUGACGACUAUGCAGAUGAUUUGUAUAAAAAUGAUACAAUAUUCUGCUACACUAUUGUGUACGGGAUAUAUUUAUAUUAACAAUUUGCGGAUUCUGCUCUCUAGGUGAUCACCACUUGAUGAUGAUGCCUUCGAUCAGAACAUUAAAGUGACAAAUCUUGAAGAUCUCAGGGGAAAAUGAACAUUUCAUCUCUAAUACUCGAUUUGCCGACUGAAAAUUAAAAGGUCUUUGCACCUAAUUAACUGAAACUUAACAUUUAACAAGAAUAGUUUGAUGGUAUUAUUGUUUAAUUUAAUUCAUUAUUUAAUGUACACGACGGUUGAAAAUAAAAUCUUAAC